GAGCUUUAGCCGCAAGCCGAGCUCGUUUCGUCAACCUGCUUCGGGCCAAAAGAAGAUAAAAGAAAAAAAGAAAAGAAAAAAGAAAAGCUCCUGCUUAAUCUUUAUACCCAUGGAGGAAGAAGGAGCAGUCUCCAAUUCGAAUUCUCGAGUCGUUUCUCUCUCUAUAUAGCUUCUCUCUCUAGAAUUUCUCUGCCAAAAACCUCAUAAACCCUGCAACGGCAGAGCAAGGACGCCAUUGACGGACCUCGGUGGAGAGAGGGAGAGGGAAAGGAGCGAGGAGAUGUCGACGACCCAGUUGCCGGACGACUUCCGGUGCCCGAUUUCGCUGGAGAUAAUGUCCGACCCGGUGAUCCUCUCCUCCGGCCACACCUUCGACCGCUCCUCCAUCCAGCGGUGGCUCGACGCCGGCCACCGGACCUGCCCCAUCACCACUCCCCUCCCCGACCGCCCCUCCCUCAUCCCCAACCACGCCCUCCGCAGCCUCAUUUACAACUUCGCCCCCGCCCCCGCCUCCGGCGCCCGACCCGACCCGGGUCCGAGGCCCGAGCCCGGCGCCCUCGUGGCCGCCCUCACCUCCCGCGCCUCCCCUCUCGAGGCGAAGCUCGAGGCUCUGGCCCGGCUGACCAAGCUGUCCAAGCGCGACCCGGUCUUCCGCCGGCGGCUCACCGAGUCGGGCACCGCGUCGGUGGUGCUCAGCUGCGUUGACUCGGAUGAUGGGUUGAUGCGCGAGAGGGCUCUGAGCUUGCUGCUCAAUCUCAGCUUGGACGAUGAUAACAAGGUGGGGUUGGUGGCGGAAGGGGCGGUCUCGAAAAUGGUCGGCGCGUUGAGGGCGGAUUCGGCCAACUGCAGGGCGCUGGCCGCCACGAUAAUCACCAGCUUGGCGGUCGUGGAAGUCAACAAGGCCACGAUCGGUGAGUACCCUUUUGCGAUUAGUGCUCUGAUUUCGCUUCUGAGGGAUGGGAAUGUCAGGGAGAAGAAGGAGGCCGCGACGGCGCUCUUCGCCAUAUGCUCGUUCCCGGAGAACCGGAAGCGGACGGCUGCGAACGGGUCGGUGCCGGUUCUGAUUAGGGCCGCGGAUUCGGGGAUCGAGAGGGCGGUCGAGGUGUUGGCGAUGUUGGCCAAGUGCAGGGAAGGGAGGGAAGAGAUGGGGAGGUGUGAUGGGUGUGUGAGGGUUUUGGUGAAGGUGCUGAGGAAUGGGGGCUGUAAGGGAGUUAAAUGUGCGUUGCUGACUCUGUAUUCACUCUGUUGUUUUAGUGAGAGAAUUUGUGUGGAAGUGAGGAGGCUUGGGGUUUUGGAGAUGUGCAUUAACUUGGUGGAGGAUGAUAACGAGAAGAUUAGGAGGAACGCCACCAGCUUGGCUCAGCUUCUUCAGGGUGAUUCCAAUUGAUCAUGAGAUGAUCAUUUGAGGGGGUAAAUUUGUGGAUGAUUUUGGAGGGGUUGACAUGAAAUUGGACGUGUGUUUUGUGGUCAAGGUUCGGUUUUUGAAUGAUGCAUAGGCGAGUCAGGUUUGUUGUUCCUGUGUCUUUCUCACCUUUUGUUGGAUAGAUUUCUGUACAGGGCAAAAAAAAAAGUUAGAUUUUAUUGAUGGACAUGUUUUCUGUAUCUUGUAUAUUUGAAUAAAGAUAACAAGCAUGGGCUGUUGCUCCAAUUCUACUUGAUUGCUCUGUAUUUUCUGGUAUGAAGAAAGUUCAUUCUUCUCCGAUUUUGUGAUCGAAUGACUUCAAGAAAUCUGUUUGGAUA